GUGUGUGUGUCUGUGUGUGUGUCUGUGUGUCUGUGCAUCUGUCUGUGUGUCUGUGUGUCUGUGUGUCUGUGUGUCUGUGUGUCUGUGUAUGUAUCUGUGUGUCCGUGCAUCUGUCUGUGUGUCUGUGUGUCUGUGUGUCUGUGUGUCUGUGUGUCUGUGUGUGUGUCUGUGUGUGUGUGUCUGUGUGUGUGUCUGUGUAUGUGUCUGUGUGUGUGUGUGUGUCUGUGUGUGUGUGUGUGUGUGUGUGUGUCUGUCUGUGUGUCUGUGUGUGUGUGUGUCUGUGUGUGUGUCUGUGUGUGUGUGUGUGUCUGUGUGUGUGUGUGUGUGUGUGUGUCUGUCUGUGUGUCUGUGUGUGUGUGUGUCUGUGUGUGUGUGUGUCUGUGUGUCUCUGUGUGUGUGUGUCUGUGUGUGUCUGUGUGUCUGUGUGUGUGUGUGUCUGUGUGUGUGUGUGUCUGUGUGUGUGUGUGUCUGUGUGUCUGUGUGUGUGUGUCUGUGUCUGUGUGUGUCUGUGUGUCUGUGUGUCUGUCUGUGUGUCUGUGUGUCUGUGUGUCUGUGUAUGUGUCUGUGUGUCCGUGCAUGUGUCUGUGUGUCUGUGUGUCUGUGUGUCUGUGUAUGUAUCUGUGUGUCUGUGUGUCUGUGUGUCUGUGUAUGUAUCUGUGUGUCCAUGCAUGUGUCUGUGUGUCUGUGUGUGUGUCUGUGUGUGUGUGCUGUCAUGUGAAAGGAGUGUUCAUAAUCCAGCUGAUCAGAAGGGGCUCCUUUGAAGGCUAUGAUCAAGAAAAUGGACUUAAGCUACAGAACUUUGAUAAGACUCCCACAGCACGAUAG